AUGCAGUUAUUACUUUCGCUCACUGACCACGAGGAUAUCGAGCAUAAAAAAGUCGAAAUAGAACUCGAUGAGGAUUCCACUCUUCGUCAGUUAAAACAAGAGAUCUCUUCAAAAUUACAUAUCGAUCCAGUAAAUCAAAAUAUAUUCUUCCAUGACGGACGUGAGAUAUGUGGAAUUGAUUUUGACAGCACGCUACAGCAAAUUGGAUUUAGGCAUUUGGACAAACUGAUAGUAAAGCAUUCGGAUGUCUCGUGGUGGCCUGAGUACAAAGAGUAUGUAGAGAUAGCAAUGAAGGGAGGCCCUCGAAGAAUGCAGACUUGCAAAGAGGCAGUCCGACUGCAUGCAGAUUUGAUGGACAAUGGUUUUUUUUAUGCAUACAGUAGAUUUAAUACUUAUCGCAUGGAAAACCAUUACAAAGUGGCCUCUUGGACAGAUGACGACACGAAACUGAUGAGAGAAGCCACUCUCAGUCAUUUUCGUGCAAUUCAUUUCAAACGGGGAGCCAAUGAUGAGCUGGACUUCGUUUGUAGGUUUGAACCUCGACCAGGAGAACUGGGAGGUUCAAGAAAGAAUACACUCGCUUAUGUCCGACUGCAUGGAGAGCAGGAUGAGACUAAGUACAACGUGAAGUGCCACCACUUUGGGUCAUCAAGCAGCUCUGCGAAAGGCCAAUCGCCGGAUAUUAAAGAGUUCUACUGCUACAAACUGCUGGAACUGCUUAAUGUGGGACCCCAGGUGCAUUUCAUCCUCCCCAACAUACUGACCGGCAGCAGAACUUCCAUGUAUAUCGCUACACGAUGGUGUGACGAUUUCGUGCCUAUUACCAGCAUCAAGAAAGAAGACGUUAGCGUGGAAAGUCUUGCGCAGAUUCUUUUGCUUGGGACAUUUCUAUUUAUGGACGACUUACACUCGGACAAUUGUGGUCAAUGGAAAGGCACCAAAAAUGCAGCAAUUGUAGACUUUAUGCCGAGAGCUUACACUACGUUCACAAAUGUCAAAAAAGCUCUGCUCAACAACGAUGCAUCGGUGUACUGGGAUGAAUUUCAUAUAGACGCAUUAGAGAAAUGCAACGAAGAAUCGCGAUUAGAGAUGGCUAGAGCGUCCCUUAUGAAAUGGGAUCUGCUGUCUAAGAUCGACUUAGCCAAUGAGCUAAUCACUCCUGAGAAAGAUCGAAUGAAGCGACAAGACAUCGGCUUCAAAGGCUUUAACAGUCCUACUGAGGAGCUUGAUUUGUACAUAACCGCAACCCGCAGACAACAAGGAGAAGCUUUGAAGACCUUCAGAGACGAGAACCCACAGGCUGCUCGUGCUUUGGAAGCUUUGGUCAGACCCCAACGCCCACCAAGAGGAGGGCGACCAGGAGGAAGAGGACGACCAGAGGGAGGAAAAGGACGACCAUUCGAGCCAAUGACAUUCGAAUCUGAGGAUGAGCAAUAA